AUGUGGACAGCAGCAGUGAAUUGCGUUCGUCAGCUCGAGUUCUACAGCCACAAGGACUACCAGCAGAACAGACUGAACCGGCUCAACCAGUCGUCGAAAGAAGGCCUUGAACUGCUGGGCAGAAUUUUGCCAGGUGCAGGUGGUGCUGCAGGCUACGACACGUCCGGUCCUGACUAUGGGAUUGGACGAGGUGGAGGCGCGAUAGGCGGAGGCGGUAAUCUUGGUGCAGUAACCGACAGUGAUGACGAUGACAACAGUCGAGGCCUCUCAAGGAGCUCCCGCCGAGGACGCCCCGGCAGGCUAGGUACCGAUCGUGCUGGUUGGAGCAGGGAGGUAAGGGACAGGAGCGAAGAAAGGGAGGAACGCCGAGAACGAAGACGACAGGAGCGGCAGAGGGGACGAGAAGAGCGCCUGCGGGAAAGAGAAGAAAAUAGGCGGGAACGGCAGGGACGGAGGCGUCUGUCGAAUAGAAGGCGAAACUCUGAGGAAGAAGAAGGAGCCGCGACACGCAGGAACAAGGCCACGCUUGGCCUCAGCGCAAUCGGCGCGGGCUUGUCUGCCAUCAACACCAUCGGAACAUUUACUGCCCUUAGCAGACUUGGUGGUUUAGGAGGCGGAAACCGUGUAGGAGGACUUGGCGGCGGGAUGCUUGGUGGCAACCGAUGCACGACGUGCAAUCGAAAGAGACGCUCCAUUCCAGUGAAGGUUGACUUCCCACAAGCCCCGAAGAACUUCUGAGAC